AUGGUUAUUUAUCUCCUGACGUCAGCAUUGGACAAAGCCACCCGCAAGCAGUGGGAACAGACGAUGAAGCCGGGGGAAUUGCCGAACUACAACUUAACAAUUAGUUUCCUAAAAUCCCAGUGCCAAGUGUUAGAAAGGUGCGAAAAUGCUCAUUAUCCUUCGUAUCCGAAGAAGACAAUAACUACCACUAAAGGAGUGAGUCAUCGAUCCUAUGCAGCUACGUCAAUUCAGGAGCCACCUACCGCCAAAUGCGAUUUUUGUAGUGAACAGCAUCGUAACUUCCAGUGCAACAAACUUAACGCCAUGUCCGCAUCGGAGAAGAUCGAAAAGGUUUGUUCUGCGGGCGUGUGUUUCAACUGCCUGCGGAAAGGUCACAGAUCCAAGGAGUGUCCAUCACCAAGGAGCUGUCGCAAAUGCCAGAGACGUCAUCAUACACAGCUGCACGAAGACGAAGUAACGUCGAACGUGAAUUACAACUCUAAAAGUGAAACUUGCACAUUGAAGAUAACUCUUGUCGACGAAGAUUUAACAACGAAGCAGUCAAAUGAAACAAACGUGCUCAGCACUUGUUCCUGCAACCACGCCAGAACAACGAAAACAGUAUUGCUUCUCACCGCUGUCGUUCUGGUUAUGGACAAAGAUAAACAACCGCAUCAAUGCCGCGUCUUGCUUGAUAGUGGGUCUCAGGUCAAUUUCCUGACCGAACGGAUGGCCAACAUACUUGGCAUUCCGAAACAACGAGCCAGUGUACAGAUCUCUGGAAUUAAUAACCUCAGAACCAUCGCACGAGAUAAAGUGGAAGUAGAUUUCCAAUCGAGAUGCAGCGAAUACCGCGCCAGACUGGAAUGCUUAGUGACGCCGGAAAUAACCGGAAAGAUCCCAUCUGUAUUGGUAAACGUCGAAGAAUGGAACAUUCCGACUAACAUCAUGCUUGCAGAUCCGAACUUCUUCAAACCUGAACAAAUCGACAUGCUUAUAGGAAUGGAGCUUUUUUUCAAUCUGUUGAAGCCUGAUCACAUCACUAAUGACGAAAACAUCCCCGAUUUACGAGACUCGCAUCUGGGAUGGCUGGUCACAGGAACUGUGAGCAGCAACGUAAAUACCCUAUAUUCGCAAGUGGCAUCAGUCGAAUCGAUUGAGGAAUCGAUGCAGAAAUUUUGGCAGGUCGAAGAAUUAGCAGAUACUACUACAUUUUCAUCCAAAGAACAACGCUGCGAAGAACAUUUCGUAUCCACACAUUCCCGUGACGUUAGCGGAAGGUUUGUAGUGAGACUUCCGCUCAAAGAAAAUGCAGCCGAACUGGAAAGUUGCCGAGCUUUGGCAUUAAAGCGAUUUUUCAUGCUAGAGAGCCGAUUUCUUCGAAACCCAGAACUGAAGAUGCAGUAUGUGGAUUUUAUUCGCGAAUAUCGACUACUCAAUCAUUGUCGACAAGUGGACGAAUCGAAGGACAACCCGUUGCUGAAGUCAUACUAUAUGCCUCAUCAUGCAGUACUCCGACCCGAUAACUCUAGUACCAAAUGUAGAGUUGUUUUUGAUGCCAGUGCCAAACCAUCACCAACAAGCGUGUCUCUCAACGAUGCACUCCUAGUCGGACCGGUCGUCCAGAACGAGUUGUUCGCAAUAAUGUUGCGGUUCCGGAAACAUCGGUACGUAUUCACCGCAGAUAUAUCAAAAAUGUAUCGACAGAUUCAAGUGCAUCCCGAUGAUGCCCGCUACCAACGGAUAUUUUGGCGCGAGAACUCAACUGACUGCCUUCAAGUUCUGGAAUUAACAACCAUAACCUAUGGCACCGCAUCCGCGCCAUUCCAAGCAACUAGGAGUUUGGUCCAGCUGGCGCGAGACGAACGCGAGAAAUUUACUGUCGCUGCUGAUAUCAUACUAAAGGACACAUACGUAGAUGAUCUGCUUUCCGGAUCCGAAACAAUUGAAGGAGCCAUCGAUGCAUUUCACCAGUUGAAGGCGAUGCUGGAAACUGCUGGAUUUCCGAUUCACAAAUGGUGCUCAAACUCGUCAAUAAUGUUGGGACAAAUACCGUUGGGAGAGCAAGAAACACCGAAGCCCAUCGAAGAACGAAAGGUAAACAAUGCAGUCAAAAUUCUCGGCCUACUAUGGGAGCCAACUUCUGACGAAUUUCUCCUUGCUGGUAAAAUGACAUCCGAUUUCCGUCCACCUGCUACAAAACGAAAAAUAUAUUCUGAGGUGGCCAAGCUGUUCGAUCCUUUAGGCUUGUUUUCACCGACGAUAGUUCAAGCCAAACUACUAGUCCAGCAACUUUGGCGGCACAAUUUGGACUGGGACGAACCGAUCAAUGAUGAAAUGAGUGAAAGAUGGAACGAGCUAAGACAAGGAUUACCUCAACUGAUGGAGAUAAAAAUUCCUCGCCAAGUGACCUUCUCCGAAGCAGCCUGUUACGAAAUUCACGGAUUUGCCGAUGCUUCCAACGCUGCAUAUGGAGCUUGCCUAUACAUCCGAAGUUUGUAUCCUGGGGGUUUAGCUAAAUCGCGAUUAUUAUGUAGUAAAUCGAAAGUUGCACCGCUCCACGCUCUGACAAUUCCACGCAAGGAAUUAUGCGCCGCUCUGUUGCUAAGUCGCCUCGUUAAAAAGGUAAUUGCCGUACUAGACAUUGACAUUAAGCGCGUUAUCCUAUGGUCCGACAGCCAAAUUGUCCUGGCUUGGUUGAGAAAACAUUCCGAUCGUCUAGAGAUUUUCGUACGGAAUCGAGUUGCUGAAAUCCUCAAUAACACGGAUGAAUUUAAGUGGAGUUACGUUCGUUCAGAAGAAAACCCUGCUGAUGUUGUUUCGCGAGGCCAGGCACCAAUUAUGCUAAUGAAGAACGAGUUAUGGUGGAACGGUCCCCAAUUUCUAGCCCAACCUAUCAUCGAAACUGAGCCCACAUUGGAGAUUCCUGACGACGACUUACCAGAGUUAAAAUCCAUCUGCCCUAUAAUAUCUGCCGCAAUAAUCGAACAGCAGCUGCCGGUUUUCAGAAAAUACAGCUGUUUUAGGAAACUUCAACGAGUUAUUGCUUGGAUGUUACGGUUCAAGAAUAACGCACGCAGAAACGGCGAACGGAUUCUAUCUACACAUUUAACCGUCAAAGAACUUCGACAGUCUAUGCUGGUGAUAGUACGUGUGAUCCAGCAAGUGGAACUAGCCGACGAAAUUAAUCGUUUGGAGUCGCAGCAACAAUGCAAACGCUUAAGUUCUCUCAACCCUUUUUACAUCGAAGGAGUGCUACGAGUCGGUGGAAGACUAAAGCAUUCCAAGCUUCCUGAAAUAUCAAAGCAUCAGAUUAUCUUACCCAACACAGUCAAACGAGCCAACCGGAAGGGGUCGUGGGUGGACCGCGAGGAUAACCGCCAAGGAGUCAUCGAGUCCCCACAAGUGGAAGCAGCUUCCUUCAAGACGUAUCCUGAACCGACGGGAGCGGUUGGUGGAGGUACGCCUGAACCUGAUUGUGACCUGAAUCAGCGUCCUCACCGAGCGUGCGAGGAGCGAUUAGGGCGAAACGAUUACGGCGGAGAGGUACUGCCAACAAAUCGACGAAAUACACCGGAAGCUCCGACGUAUGUGCCCGAGAUUGGUAAAUAUGAAGGGGCCAAUUUUCCUCCACGACAACGCCCGGCGCACGUCGCCCAUCCGACCCUGCAGAAGUUGAACGAAUUGGGCUACGAGACUCUGCCUCAUCCAGCAUACUCACCGGACCUCUCGCCCACCGACUACCACUUUUUCAAGCGUCUCGACAACUUCCUCCGCGAGAAAUGCUUCAAAAACCAAGACAAUGCCAAGAACGCCUUCAACGCUUUCGUGGCCUCCAAGGAGCUGGACUUCUACUCGAGCGGCAUAAAUAAACUCAUUUCUCGUUGGCAAAAAUGUGUUGAUUGUAAUGGUUCUUAUUUCGAUUAA